AUGAUUCGAAAUCAGGCAGUAUCGUCUAGGUCUAGACGACUUGUUAAAGCUGCUUUACCACCCAUUGAUUCAGAAAGUUCCGAUAGUGAAAAUGAUUCUGAUCCAAUCAAUACUAUUUCUAAAAAUCAAUUAGACAGUGAUAACUCUUCAGAGAUUAAUGAAUUCGAUUCGGAUACUUCAGACCCUCCCUCUUUUUCAAAUUUAGAAGAACUAUUAGAUAUUGUAAAUAUGCCUGUUUUUGACGAAAUCGGAAAUCCUUUUGAUGUUGAUUGUAUUGGAAAUAAUAAUAUAAUUGAACCACCACUAGAUUUAACUAUUUUUCCUACACCUGAAAAUUUGAGUAUAGAUAAUAAUCGUUCGGAAAGUUUGGAUAAUAAUUCAAUAUCAAUAUCUGGAUCAGAGAAACGUCGUAUUUCGACACCCGUUGAACAAAGAAAAUCAAUGAGAUUAGAACAAUUAAUGUCAUUUAAAUGGUCAAACAAUUUUAAUUUUCCCGUAGAUAUUCCACACUAUAAUUUUAAAGAAAUCGCGAAAGAAAUACUUACACCUUACGAAUAUUUUAAAAUGUUUUUUAAAGAUGAAAUUUUUGAAUUGAUUGUCACAAAUACAAAUUUGUACAGUUCUCAAAACUUUGAAAAUCCAAUCACAACAAAUGUUGAUGAAAUAAGAAACUAUAUUGGAAUAGAGCUACUUAUGAGUAUUGUGUCCAUGCCCGCUUACACUGACUUUUGGUCUACAAAUUUAAGAUACGAACCAAUAGCCAGUAUAAUGCCAUUAAAAAGAUAUCAACUAUUACGAAGACAAUUGCAUUUCGUCGAUAAUUUAACGAUUGAUCAAUCUGACCGUUAUGCUAAAAUAAGACCUAUUUUAGAGCAUGUAAAGCAAAAUUUUUUAUCAGUUGAACAAGGUAAGAAGUUCUCCAUUGAUGAAAUGAUGAUUCCGUAUAAGGGAACAAAGGCUGGAACAAGAAGGCAAUAUAUUAGAAAUAAGCCCAAAAAAUGGGGAUUUAAAAUGUUCGUUCGUGCUGGUGUAGAUGGUUUCGUAUAUGAUUUAUUUCCAUAUGGUGGGGAGAAUACAUUUCAUCGUACGACAUUUACAAACUAUGAAAAUAAAUUUUUCGGGCUUGGUCAAAAAGUAGUUAUCGAACUUAGUAAAAGUAUUCCAGAUAAAUCUCUAUCUGUUUUAUACUUUGAUAAUUGGUUUACGUCAUUAGAGCUAGUUAGUUAUUUGCGUAAAAAAUUUGGAAUUUUAAGUUUAGGCACUAUCCAACAAAAUCGAUUACGGGGAUGCAAUAUUAUACCCGAUAAACAGUUAUUGAAAAAAGGUAGAGGACAUUAUUCAACAAAAUCUGAUAAUAAAAAAAAUAAAUAUCCGUUGUUAAAUGGGCUGAUAAUAAAUGUGUGA